UGCUGGAAGAGCCAGGAGACGAGCGGAGUACAGAUAAAAAGCAGGGAACAAUUGGAGACAAUAACUUGUCUUCAACUGCCACAGCAAGCUUGCACCGCGACGCUUUUUACAUACUCUGCCCACAGAAGCAGCUGAUGCUCUUUGACUACUGCAGAGAGGAAACCAUGCCUGAUCUCUUUGCACCCACCGAUAUUGGCAGCUCACCCCCUUCCCCAGUGGAUGCCAGUCCCCGAAGGCUGUCCUGGGGCAAACUGGUCCAAAGACUGGCUGAUUUCAGCUCAUCCACCAAUAGCAGCAGCAUUGAGUCUGUUUCCAACAAUGGCAGCAGGAGCGAUCUGUCAGAAUCAGGGUCAGACGUGUUCGGAGAUCUGUGUCCCUCUAAUGAUGACCUGUUCUAUGAUCCGAUGGAGGAGACAAUCCUGAAGGAAGUCGUGGAGCUUAUUGCACGAAGCUUAAGAGAAGCCAAAGACUCAGACUGCGCCUUAAGAUGUACCAAACUGCUCAUCCCAGAGAAGCUUCUGGAGCACAUUGGGCAGGAGCUCCUUCACCUGGCAGCUAGCGAGCCCUGUGGUUUAAGAGGGGCUCUCAUCGACCUCUGUGUGGAGCAAGGGGCCACCUGUGAGAGCAUGGGACAGCUGUCUGUGGACCCCUACCUUGUACCCACCUUUCAGCUGACGCUGGUGCUGAGGCUGGAGUCGGGUGGCUUGUGGCCUAAAAUCCAAGGACUCUUUAGCACAAAGUCGAGCUCCACUCACGCAGUGAGACAAGCUAUCAAACUUAGCACUGGUUUCCGUGUCAUUAAGAAGAAACUGUACAGCUCUGAGGAGCUCCUCAUUGAAGAAUGUUGAGAAAGACAAGGAACUGUUGGGUUUCAGUGUCUAUAAUGUGACAGUAAAAGCUCACAGAAGGGCCUUAUUACUAUACCUUCAUGUAUAUGAUGCCUUCUGAAGUAUAGGGAUGGACUUUGUCAUGAUGCAGCUUAUUGAUCUGACAGUAAAGGAGCUGUUUAUGGUACCCCGAGCAGCUGUUGUUUUAACACCUGCUCACUGACAUUCAGACUUUUGAAUUACAAAGUGUAACCAUCAUGCUAUAUCCGGUAAAUAGGCAUUUUGCAAAUAUAAAAAUGCAUACCUCAGUUUCUAUUGAAACCAUACAACGGCAGCUAUAUUAUUAUUGAUUCAUAGUCAUUGAAACCAUUGUGUGCUUUCUUUCUUUUUUUUUACAUUACUGUUAACUGAGGUGGACAUGAGUUGAUGAACUGUACACAAUGAGAACAGUUGGGGGCCGUCGUGGCCGCGUCAGGCAUAAAGGCCUGCCAGUGCUUGCCCUGUGCAGUAUAUGAUAAAGUCCUCUAUUCAUCACACGGAGAACAAUGAAAUUGUGCAAGCUUUGGCUUAAGAUUUCCGACAAAGCUCGAACUUGUGUUUGUGUAGCCUCGUCCCGCUUUCCACUUUAUUUGAUAUUCAAAUACUCAUAACAUUGCACUGUUUUUGUACUUUCAUGAUCGCAAAUAAAUUAUUAUUUUCUAACAAC